ACCUUUAACUGGACGACUUGGGGCCUUUGACCAAGAUGGCGGCCUACCUUCAAUGGCGCCGCUUUGUUUUCUUCGACAAAGAGGCGAUUAAGGAACCUCUGAACAAUGAUGGUCCCGCUCCCGGGGCCGCGCCUAACUCUGGAUCCGCUGCUUCCAAGUUCCUUUGCCUCCCUCCUGGCAUCACUGUCUGCGACUCAGGCCGAGGGAGCAUAGUCUUUGGAGAUAUGGAAGGCCAGAUCUGGUUCUUGCCCCGCUCCCUACAGCUUACAGGUUUCCAAGCCUACAAACUACGGGUGACACACCUGUACCAACUGAAGCAGCACAAUAUUCUAGCAUCUGUAGGUGAGGAUGAACAGGGCAUCAACCCCCUGGUGAAGAUCUGGAACCUGGAGAAGAGAGAUGGUGGCAAUCCACUCUGUACUCGAAUCUUCCCUGCCAUUCCAGGAUCAGAGCCGACUGUUGUGUCUUGUUUGACUGUCCAUGAAAAUCUCAACUUUAUGGCCAUCGGUUUCACAGAUGGCAGUGUUACACUGAACAAAGGAGACAUCACUCGGGACCGGCAUAGCAAGACCCAGAUUUUGCACAAGGGCAACUAUCCUGUUACUGGACUGGCCUUCCGCCAAGCAGGAAAGACCACUCAUUUGUUUGUUGUGACAACAGAGAAUGUUCAGUCCUAUAUAGUUUCUGGAAAGGACUGCCCUCGUGUGGAGUUGGAUACUCAUGGUUGUGGCCUACGAUGCUCAGCCCUAAGUGACCCUUCUCAGGACCUACAGUUCAUAGUGGCCGGGGAUGAGUGUGUCUACUUGUACCAGCCUGAUGAACGUGGGCCCUGCUUCGCCUUUGAGGGCCAUAAACUCAUUGUUCAUUGGUUUAGAGGCUACCUUGUCAUUGUCUCCCGUGACCGGAAGGUUUCUCCCAAGUCAGAGUUUACCAGCGGGGACCCACAGAGCUCUGACAAGCAGAUUCUCAACAUCUAUGACUUGUGUAACAAGUUCAUAGCCUAUAGUGCUGUCUUUGAGGAUAUAGUGGACGUGCUUGCUGAAUGGGGCUCCCUGUACGUGCUGACGCGGGAUGGGCGGGUCCACGCACUGCAAGAGAAGGACACACAGACCAAACUGGAGAUGCUGUUUAAGAAGAACCUAUUUGAGAUGGCAAUUAACCUGGCCAAGAGCCAACACCUGGACAGUGAUGGAUUGGCCCAUAUCUUCAUGCAGUAUGGGGACCAUCUCUACAGCAAGGGUAACCAUGAUGGGGCUGUCCAGCAGUAUAUCAGAACCAUCGGAAAGUUGGAGCCAUCAUAUGUGAUCCGCAAGUUUCUGGAUGCCCAGCGUAUCCACAACCUGACUGCCUACCUGCAGACUCUGCAUCGGCAAUCCCUGGCCAAUGCCGACCACACCACCCUGCUGCUCAAUUGCUAUACCAAGCUCAAGGAUAGCUUGAAGCUGGAGGAGUUCAUCAAGACAAAGAGUGAGAGUGAAGUCCACUUUGAUGUGGAGACAGCCAUCAAGGUCCUCCGGCAGGCUGGCUACUACUCUCAAGCCCUCUAUUUGGCUGAGGACCAUGCACAUCAUGAGUGGUACUUGAAGAUCCAACUAGAGGACAUCAAGAACUAUCAGGAAGCCCUUAGGUACAUUGGCAAGCUGCCUUUUGAGCAGGCAGAAAGCAAUAUGAAGCGCUAUGGCAAGAUCCUCAUGCACCAUAUUCCAGAGCAGAUGACCCAGUUGCUGAAGGGACUUUGUACCAACUAUCAGCCUAGCCCGGAAGGCCAGCAUGACAGGGAGGCUCCAGUUUGCAGGGCCAACUCAGAGGAGUUUAUCCCCAUCUUUGCCAACAAUCCACGAGAGCUGAAAGCUUUCCUAGAGCACAUGAGUGCAGUGCAGCCCAACUCACCACAGGGCAUCUAUGACACACUUCUUGAGUUACGACUACAGAACUGGGCCCAUGAGAAGGAUCCACAGGUCAAACAGAAACUUCAUGCAGAGGCUAUCUCCCUUCUGAAGAGUGGCCGCUUCUGUGAUGUCUUUGACAAGGCCCUGGUCCUAUGCCAGAUGCAUGACUUCCAGGAUGGGGUCCUUUACCUCUAUGAGCAGGGGAAGCUGUAUCAGCAGAUUAUGCACUACCACAUGCAGCAUGAGCAGUACCGGCAGGUGAUCGCUGUGUGUGAGUGCCAUGGGGAGCAGGAACCCUCCCUGUGGGAACAGGCACUCAGCUACUUUGCCCGCAAGGAGGAGGACUGCAAGGAGUAUGUGGCAGCUGUGCUCAAGCAUAUUGAGAACAAGAACCUCAUGCCACCCCUUCUAGUGGUGCAGACCUUGGCCCACAACUCCACAGCCACCCUGUCUGUCAUCCGGGACUACCUCGUCCAAAAACUGCAGAAACAGAGCCAGCAGAUUGCACAGGACGAGCUCCGGGUACGGCGGUACCGAGAGGAAACCACCCGCAUCCGCCAGGAGAUUCUGGAGCUCAAGACGAGUCCAAAGAUUUUCCAGAAGACCAAGUGCAGUAUCUGUAACAGUGCCUUGGAGUUGCCCUCAGUCCACUUUCUCUGUGGACACUCCUUCCACCAACACUGUUUUGAGAGUUACUCAGAAAGUGAUGCUGACUGCCCCACCUGCCUCCCUGAAAACCGGAAGGUCAUGGAUAUGAUCCGGGCCCAGGAACAGAAACGAGACCUCCAUGAUCAGUUCCAGCACCAGCUCAAGUGCUCCAAUGACAGCUUCUCUGUGAUUGCUGACUACUUUGGUCGAGGUGUUUUCAACAAAUUGACUCUGCUGACUGACCCUCCCAUGGUCAGGCUGACUGGAAGUCUGGAGUCUGGGCUGCAGCGGGACCUGCUUGUGCAUUCCAGGAGGGGCACUUAAGCAGCUCAUGGAAGGGGUGUGAUUGUGGAGCCACAGCAUUAGGAACACGGGAAUCAGGCAGACAUGUGCAGGACUCCACUCUGAUUUGAUGCCAUAGUUUUCAGGACUAAAGGAGAUUUUUUCCUGCCUUCUCUUUGGUCAGUCCGCUGUUUCUCCUGUUGACUUUUUGAACAGUGUAGAUUAUUCAAGACUAGUGGGGGAGGGCACCUCAGCACUUCUGAGUAUGGACAAUAGCUGCUUUAUCUUCUAUCCAGGAGUACCACCCUGUGGUUGGGUCCUUGCUCCUAGAGUAUUUAAAUAAAAUGAUAGGAUUUUAGGGUUAAAUUUAUUCUGGGGACCUGCCGAUGAUUCUUAACUGUAGAGUGUAUUUCUCUCUCUGCAUGCAUCCCUAAGAGCUCCACUUCCCUUACAGAGCUCCUUAAAGGUCACAUUGGUAUGUGUAUAUGUGUAUACACAUAUAUAUAUACCUAUAUAUUCACUCCAAAGGGAGAGAGAGGGGAAGGGGGGCGGGGAAACAUUGAUGCGAGAGAAACAUCGUAGUCGGUUGCCUUCUUCACAUGCCCCAAUCAGGGACUGAACUCACAACCUAGGUAUAUGCCCUGACUGGGAUUCGAACCAGUGACUUCUUGAUCUACAGUAUGAUGCUCCAACCGAGACACAUUGGCCAGGCAAGAUUGAUUUGACCUCAUUCAAGGAAUGGGUGGGACCUAUAGCACCUAAUAGAGGUCAGUGUAGUGAACUCUUCAAAGACCUAAUGCCUGAUCUCCAAGGGCCUUUUGGCCUGAGGCCCCCAAACAGCUCCUGUUCUUUAGUCAAGUCUAUACUAUGGCUCUUGGACGAAGCGUUUAGGCAGACAGAUUCUGAUGGGGAGCCUUGAGCCUAAGUCUACUGCCUGCAUAAUGAAUAGGCUGGUGUCUUGCUGUCUUCAAUAUCAGAUGAUAGGAUAAAAGGGCCUGUAUUAAAACAUUUUUUUCCCUCUUUCA